UUCACGACCCCCCACUCCUAUUCUUCUCUAUUAUAGGAUCCUCUUUCUUUCCUAUAGUCUCGAGAAACAAACAGUUUUUUUUCCUUUUCUGCAAGAAACCUUGAAGCUUUACCAUGGAAAUCAUCUACGAGGAAGAUUCAAAGAGCUCGAGUACUGAAGAAAGCCAUCGAUUAGAAGAAAAGGAUGAUGAGGGAACUGGCCGCUCCUACGAGUGCGUGUUUUGCAAGAGAGGCUUCACUACAGCACAAGCCUUGGGUGGACACAUGAAUAUCCAUAGGAAAGAUAAAGGCAAGGCGUCUAGACCCAAUUCAGCUUCUAAUAAUUCAGUCGUUUCCAGCGGAGCCGAUGAAAACUAUGGGAGUCUUAAAUCAUCCCUACCAUUUCAAAUCUAUCCCACCUCGCAUUAUCCCAAAGCACCUGAUCAGAUAGAACCCGUAAUUUAUCAAAUACCUUUCUCGGCAUCAACAUGGGAUCUGAGGCUGCAGCCACAUACAUAUCACGGUGCUGAGUUGUCUGUGCAAUAUCCACGAUAUCUAGAUCUCUCUGAUGAGAACUGGAAAAGAAGUCUAAGAUUGCAAGUUGGUCCAACGCAUCAUCAUCAUGUAGAUCAUGAUCAUGAGGGAGAAAAGAGAUCAGAAGUUGGCAGUGAACAAGGUGAAUUGGACUUGGAGCUUCGACUUGGUCAUUAUCCAUAGGAUUUUGUAAGAUAUUUAAGAGCUUAAUUUUAUGGAGCAAUAUUGAUAUUUUCUGUUGUACAGCUCUGGAUUAUAUAU